AAGGAAGAUCUCGUCACUUCCUGAACUUGGUGGUGGCGCGCGGGUGGAGGUGGCGGCGUUGGCGGCGGCAGCUGGGACGGGGGCUCCGGGAAGUGGCGACGCAGGCAUGGACUCCCGGCUGGACCAGGAGACGGCCCAGUGGCUGAGAUGGGACAAGAAUCCUUUAACUUUGGCAUCAGUGAAACAACUCAUUGCAGCAGGUAAUACAGAAGAACUACAAAAAUGUUUUAGCGCUCGAAUGGAAUUUGGGACAGCUGGCCUCAGAGCUGCUAUGGGAGCAGGAAUUUCUCAUAUGAAUGACUUGACCAUCAUUCAGACGACACAGGGAUUUUGCAGGUACCUAGAAAAACAAUUCAGUGACCUGAAGCAAAGAGGUGUUGUGAUCAGCUUUGAUGCUCGAGCCCAUCCAGCAAGUGGAGGCAGCAGCAGAAGAUUUGCCCGACUUGCUGCAACCACGUUUAUCAGCCAGGGGAUUCCGGUGUACUUGUUUUCUGAUAUAACCCCAACCCCUUUUGUGCCCUACACAGUAUCACAUUUGAAACUUUGUGCUGGAAUCAUGAUAACUGCCUCUCACAAUCCAAAGCAGGAUAAUGGUUAUAAGGUCUAUUGGGAUAAUGGGGCUCAGAUCAUCUCUCCUCAUGAUAAAGGGAUUUCACAGGCUAUUGAAGAAAAUCUAGAACCGUGGCCUCAAGCCUGGGACGAUUCUGUACUCAAUGGCAGUCUGCUCCUACAUGACCCAAGCGCUUCCAUCAAUAAAGACUAUUUUGAAGACCUUAAAAAAUACUGUUUUCACAGGGCUGUGAACAAGGAGACCAAGGUGAAGUUUGUGCAUACCUCUGUCCAUGGUGUGGGUCACAGCUUCGUGCAGUCGGCUUUCAAGGCAUUCGACUUUGUUCCUCCCGAGGCUGUUCCCGAACAGAAGGACCCUGAUCCUGAGUUCCCCACAGUGAAAUACCCAAAUCCCGAAGAGGGUAAAGGUGUCUUGACUUUGUCUUUUGCUUUGGCUGACAAAAUCAAGGCCAAAAUCAUUUUAGCAAAUGACCCAGAUGCUGAUAGACUUGCUGUGGCAGAAAAGCAAGACAGUGGCAAAUGGAAAGUGUUUUCAGGCAAUGAGUUGGGGGCCCUCCUGGGCUGGUGGCUCUUUACUUCUUGGAAAGAAAAGAACCAAGAUCACAGCGCCCUCCAAAACUUAUACAUGUUGUCCAGCACCGUCUCUUCCAAAAUCCUGCGAGCCAUCGCCUUGAAGGAGGGCUUUCACUUCGAGGAAACAUUAACUGGCUUUAAGUGGAUGGGAAAUCGAGCCAAACAGCUGAUAGACCAGGGGAAAAAUGUCCUAUUUGCAUUUGAAGAAGCUAUUGGAUAUAUGUGCUGCCCUUUCGUGCUGGACAAAGAUGGAGUCAGCGCUGCCGUCAUAACUGCAGAGUUGGCCAGCUUUCUAGCAACCAAGAAUUUGUCUUUGUCUCAGCAGCUAAAAGCCAUCUAUGUUGAGUAUGGCUACCAUAUCACCAGAGCUUCGUAUUUUAUCUGCCAUGAUCAAGAAACUAUUAAACAAUUAUUUGAAAACCUUAGAAACUAUGAUGGGAAGAGUAAUUAUCCAAAAACUUGUGGCAGAUUUGAGAUUUCUCACAUUAGGGACCUUACAACUGGCUAUGAUGAUAACGAACCUGAUAAAAAAGCUAUUCUCCCGACUAGUAAAAGCAGCCAAAUGAUCACCUUUAGCUUUGCUAAUGGAGGCGUGGCCACCAUGCGGACCAGUGGGACAGAGCCCAAAAUCAAGUACUAUUUGGAACUGUGUGCCCCACCUGGAAAUAGUGAUCCCGAGCAGCUGAAGAAAGAACUAGAUGAACUAGUUAGUGCUAUUGAAGAGCAUUUUUUCCAGCCACAAAAGUAUAACCUCCAGCCAAAAGGAGAGUAAACCAUCCCAGCCUCGGGCAUAAUUACAUUUACCUACAACUAAGCUGAUUCCUAGAAUGUCGACGUUCACUCUUGCCAUCUCCUGUUUGACCACUUCCAAUUUGCCUUGAUUCAUGGACCUGACAUUCCAGGUUCCUAUGCAAUAUUGCUGUUUACAGCAUCGGACCUUG